GUCCUCCUGAAAUGAAUCCUCAGCUCAAGAACCAGUCAUUUUUAUAUAAUUCACCCCUUCGGUUCAAAUGCUCUCUAAGAGGUUUCCCUAAACCUGAGGUACUCUGGACGAAGAAUGGGGUGAACCUUAGUAGUGAAAACACGCUCACCAUUGAUCGAGUGAAAUUUGAAAAUGCUGGUCAAUACACAUGCAGCGCCAAAAACUGCGAAGGGAGCAAGGACUCAACUUUCUGGAUUGAAGUGGCGGGAGUCUCUCCCCAGAUCAUUGCUCCUCUGACAGACCAAUCUGUUCCCGAAGGAUAUCUUGUCAACUUUAGUUGCGUAGCCUCAGGUGUUCCAAUACCAACAUUUCUGUGGGAUUUCAACAAUGGUGACCUGCCAUCUGGUGUCAAUCAGACUGAUCAGGAAGGAGAGUCAAUCCUGGAAUUGCCACGUGUCACAAAAGAGAUGGAAGGGACUUACAAUUGUAAAGCAAAAAACAAAGAAAAUACAACUAGUUCCUCUGCAGUGCUGCGUGUUUAUGGAAAAGCCUCUGCUCAAGUUGUUCCAGAAACAGAUUUAACACUCACAACGGGAGAAAUCCUCACAUUGACCUGCAAAGUCAACGAGGAAACCGACAAGAUAACUUGGAAAAAAGAUGGAGAAUCAUUAAAAGAACGAGCAGUUGUAGAUACCCGAUUGAAUAAGAGAAAGAGUAAACUUGUUAUUACUGCGGUUGUGGAAGAGGACAGUGGUGAAUAUUCUUGUGAAGCAAGUAACAAGCUCGGAACUGUGGCUCACUCUUCUGUGAUAUUGGAUGUAAAAGAGGCCCCUUCCAGCAGCUCACUGGAGUGGUACUACAUUGGUGGACCUGUGGCUGCUCUCAUUUUCCUCCUGGCUCUCACUGCAUAUAUUAAAAAUCGCCGUGCGCCAGUCGCAAGUUUUGACUGCGUAAAUGAAGUCAUUCUUGCUCACAACGAAGCCAUUUCUUCCAUCAAUAGCCUUGCAAGAGGUGCCCACCAGGUUGAGAUAAUUCAUCGUGAUCUUGCAGCUCGCAACAUCCUUCUCGAUGAGCAUCGUGUAUGCAAGUUGACUGAUUUUGGGCUCUCUUAUCAGGAUUUCAAAUACGGCGCAGGAAAUGCCAAGAGGGGAUGUAUCCCAAUCAAAUGGAGUGCACCCGAGAUUCUUUAUGGCCAUGUGGAACGGCUGUCAACCAAAAGUGAUGUGUGGUCUUAUGGCAUAGUCUUGUUUGAAAUCUUCACAAUCGGAGGUAUUCCAUACGAAGGAUGGUCUGAAACCACGAUAAUGAGAAAAAUCUAUCGAGGUUACCGUUUGCCAAAGCCUGAACAUAUCGACGACAGUUUAUACGCGGUGAUGUUAAGCUGCUGGAAAUAUCAAAUCGCUACCCGGCCACAUUUUGUGAACCUCUGCAAAACAAUGGAUACCUAUCUUAAAACAAAGACAUAUGUGGAUAUCGUGGACAUGGACAAGUAUGAUCACGAUAAGUACAAGUUUAUCGAUGAUCGUGGAGCUGUUGCAAUCCGAGAAGAUGCAAAACCGGAUGAGCAAGGAGCAGCUGCAGCAAAUCCCAACCGUGAGGUGGGUGAACACGGUGCUACUGCACAUCCUUUUGUGGUUGAAAUAGACGAUGGCGCUACAGCUUUUCCUCUCACAAUUAGCGUAGGAGACGAAGGAGCAGCUGCAGCAAAUCCCGACCGGGAAGUGGAUGAACACGGUGGUAUUGCGCAUCCUUUUGUGCUUGCAAUAGACGGCGGUGCAACACCUUUCCCCUUCAGAGUUAACGUGGCAGACGAAAGAGCAGCUGCAGCAAAUCCCGACCGCAAAGUGGGUGAACACGGCGCUACUGCGCAUCCGUUUGUGGUUGCGAUAGAGGAUGGUGCUAGAGCUUUCCCUUUCGGAAUCAAAGUAGGAGAAGAAAGUGGGGCAGCGCACUCUUUUAAGAGUGAUGAAAAAGAUAUUGAUGCCUCAGCGUACCUUCACGAGAGUGAUACUUUACCAUACCUCAGCAAGAGCGAGGAGGAAGAUUUCGGUGACUCUGAGUGCCAUCUUGGGCUUGAGGAAGACGAUAUUGACGACCCUGAGUGCCCUCUUGUGAUUGAGGAAAAAGAGAACGAUCUUUUGCCAUCUUCUUUGGUCAUGAGCAAUAACCGUCUUGGUACUCUGGUAUGCCCCCUUGUGACUGACGAGGAAAAUCCUGAUUGUUCAGCAUGCUCUCUUGUGAUUGAGGAAAAAGAUUCCAGCAAUUCAGCGUGCUCCCCUAUGAUUGGGGAAGAAGGUUUGGAAGCCACAGUAUGCCCUUCUGGAGUGACUGAAAAAGAUCCUAAUUUUGUAGCACACCGCCUUACCAUUGAGGUGAACAAAGCUGAUGCCUCACAAUUUUCUCCCGUAAUCGGGGAAGAAGAUGUCGAUUCUUUCGAAUACCCUCUCAUGAUUGAAGAAGAAGGCUAUGUUGAUUCCACUUCUCCUCCAGAUGUCGAAGAGGGUGGAACAAGCAAUCCUGAAACUAAUGCUGAUAAUCAAGAUGCUGCAGCAGUACAGUCUGUAAAGGAGGUAAGAGGUGAUGAAGAACCUAAGACUUGCCAACUUGAGAACACAGAGGAUGAACAAGACGAUAUUGGAAAACAUAUGGAGGACCAAGGUGAUGCUGUAGACCUUUGUGAUGAAGAGGUUGGUGUGCAAGAGAGUAAUGGAGCUGUUCAUCUUCAAAAGGUCCACAGUAGCAGCUUCUUUCUCCCGAAAGCGUUUGUUUCUUUUUAUGAGACAUAUGUGGAUAUCGUGGACAUGGACAAGUAUGAUCGCGAUAAGUACAAGUUUAUCGAUGAUCGGGGAGCUGUUGCAAUCCGAGAAGAUGCAAAACCGGAUGAGCAAGGAGCAGCUGCAGCAAAUCCCAACCGUGAGGUGGGUGAACACGGUGCUACUGCACAUCCUUUUGUGGUUGAAAUAGACGAUGGCGCUACAGCUUUUCCUCUCACAAUUAGCGUAGGAGACGAAGGAGCAGCUGCAGCAAAUCCCGACCGGGAAGAGGACCAAGGUGAUGCUGUAGACCUUUGUGAUGAAGUGGUUGGUGUGCAAGAGAGUAAUGGUUAUCAACUAACGGCCGUGGAUACAGACGAAACCGGAGAUGACGAAGACGAGGAGUCAUCCGAAGCAACUCCUUUUGUGCAGGACUGA